AUGAUGCAAGCUCAUUUGGCCGCUCAAGAUGAUGAUAUGUGGUAUGUCAUCAUAGACAGUCCAAUGAAGAUUUUGAAGGUCAGCACAACCACAACUACAACCGAGGAUGCUCUUGAGAUGUGGGAGAAGCCUAGAUAUGAGUGGAUUGCUAAAGAAAAUAGGAAGACCAACCUUGACAAUGUGGCCAAAGAUGUUCUCUACAAGACGUUGGACAAGAACAUGUUUAGCAAGAUCAAGUCAUGCUCUACUGCCAAAGAAAUUUGGGAGAAGUUGACCCAACUCUAUGUAGGGAACGAUCAAACCAAAGAAAACAAACUAAUGGUUACCACACAGAAGUUUGAUGGCAUCAAGAUGCGUCCUAGAAAGACAAUGACUGAAUUCGAUGAACGAUUCAGCAGCAUAGUCAUUGAGCUCUCGACUCUGGGAAGAUUUACAACAAUAGAAAGGUUGCUAUCAAAGUAA